CAUUUCUUGGCUGAAUGAGGUAAACUAAAGAGCUCAAGAUAUUAUGUGGAAGGUUGUUUUUUUUUUCAUUUUUCUAAUCUGGCUUGCCCUUUUCUUCAUCAACACUAAUAUAACCAUUUUAACGACUGCCGAAUGGGAUGCUUUUCCUUUCGUUAAUCCUUUAAACGUGCUAUCCAGGAAUAUUAGUUUAUUUACUAAAGAUUUGGACCUUGUUCACACUGGCCUAAUUCUAUUUGCUAUCUUUGCUCUUUUAAGUAUAGUUAGAGGUUGUUGGAAUCUAUUUUUAGUGCCAUUAAAUAGGAUUAAAAAACCUGGAGAUUUGGGAUAUAUACCGGAAAAUAAUUAUUCAAUGAAGGAAAUGGUGAAUGUUGUUUCGAAAAGAAGAGACACCGGUAACAUUCCGCCAGCCUAUCCGAACGGAUGGUUUGCUAUUGAGGAGAGUAGGAACCUCGUUGUUGGUCAAGUAGUCAAUGUCUCCCUAAUAGGUUUGAACUUGGCGCUAUAUAGAGGUGAAGACGGUCGGGUUAGAGCUAUUGAUGCUUACUGUCCUCAUUUGGGAGCAAAUUUAUCAGCAGGUGGGAGAGUAUUAGGAAACUGUAUCGAAUGUCCUUUCCAUGGUUGGAAAUUCGAUGGUGAUAGCGGAAAAUGCAAGCAUAUUCCAUACGCAGAUAACAUUCCUGACGUUGCUAAAGUUAAAUCUUAUACUAUUUUGGAACGGAAUAAUUUUAUCUAUAUAUGGUAUCAUGCCGAAGAUAAUGAACCCAGUUGGAUGCCUCCUGAAGUAGACGGACUGCAGAAUGACUCGCUCGACUAUGACGGAAGGUCGGAGCACUAUAUUAGCUGCCAUAUUCAGGAAAUUCCAGAAAAUGGAGCCGAUUUUAGUCAUCUUUCUCAAGUUCAUGGCCCAGUCAUUGCCGCCGGGACUGAUCUGAGAUUUACUUAUAACAAAUUUUGGCAGUUCUUAGAGCACUGUUGGAAUGGGGAAUGGAAAGCUUUGAGUGGCGAUGAAGCCCAUAUUGGAGAAAUGAAAUUAACUCAUUCUCUCAAGAUUUUUGGUUUUAAACUCUCAUUUAUGGAUUUAAAAGUUACCGUUAAUCAAAUUGGUCCCGGUAUUGUCUAUUUAGUUCUACAUACAUUCCUUGGGGACUGCUAUCUAUUACAGCAUCUUACUCCAAUGGAACCCUUAAAACAAAAACUCGUCCAUCACAUAUAUACUCCUUGGUUUUCACCGAGAAUUUUAGGAAAAAUCUAUUUGUUCGCCGAAGCUUUACAAGUUGAAAGAGACAUAAUGAUUUGGAACAAUAAAAAAUUUCUAGCUAAACCCUGCUACGUAAAAUCGUUUGAAGAUCAGAUGCUCAGUAAGCAUAGAAGAUGGUAUAUGCAAUUUUAUUCAAAAAAUAGCCCGAAAAUAACCUUUAGGAAAGACGAUCUAACUUGGUAG